UCUGCAGGCACCGCUGCUCGCUCCCCGAGGAUCCAGUUGACUUCAGGAUGAGGCGGCCCUGCUGCUCUCUGAGCCCGGAUUAACAAGCAGAGAACAGUUUUUUUUUCCCGUCAGCUGAAGCCAAUAAAAGAAACAAAAAACACAAGAAGCACAAGCAUCCCAGUCAGGACGUGCAAUGCUGAUGGAAGUGUGUUACACUAAUGGACUGGAGACUGACCUUUCGCAGCAGUAUCCUCCCCCUCUACUGCCCAAACCAGGGAAAGACAAUGCAAGGCUUCAGAAACUUAAGAAGAAGAGAGCCAAGAAAAAAGGCAGCCUCUCUCAGACGCCCAUCCCCUUCCGCUCCUGUUUAUCGCCUGUCAAUGAAGCCAGCACAGACCUAGAGCACAGUGAUCAGUGCAGCCCACCAAGGACACCAGAGUCACUCUACGUAGCUGACGCCUCUGUCUCCGGUUAUCCCUUUGGCUCAUUCUACGAUCACUCUGUACCUGCAUUCCCUCUUCCUCAGGACAGUCUCAACGGACAAACCAAUAGCUUUCACCCUCCAUCCCACCCAGCUGGGUUUAGGACCUCUGAACCGCAAGUGGCUCCGCUGUACGAGUGCUCCUCUUUCCUAUUUGAUGAUGCUUCUCCCUUCAUAGUUCCACCUUUGACAUCUUCAGCAGCAUGGCAGCAGGUUUCUGCACCACGUCUUCCCCCAGCUUUCAACAUGACAUCAAAUUCCCAUGGGUCAGUCACAACAGUUUCUCCACUUGCCAUUUCGCAUUGCAGCCCAAAAAUAUCAACCCACAGCCUGACCCUGUCCACUGGUGCCGCCAACUCCGGCAUUGACCUAACGCCUUCUCACGUUGCAGGUCUUUCUCCUGUUCCAGUGCCCCUAUCAGUUUCAAACACUCAAACACAGCCAUUCAUUCCCAGCCAGAGGGAGACAAACACUAAUAUAAAGGAUGACUUUCAGAGACAGACAUUAACUAGAGCUAACAUAGCCUGCAUUGGCAACAGUGCUCUUCGGCAGAUGUCUUCUGAGAUAACUGCCUCUAAAAUAUCUCUUGUCGAUGCAGUGAAAGAGCCAAAGAUUGAAGCCAUGCCAGCUAAAAUCUAUACAUCUAAGGCCACAUUUUAUGAGAUAUCCAAACCUCACUCUGUCCAGGAUCUCACAGUGAUGAACCUAGCCCACCAAGGAGCCUCUUUAUCUGGAGGAUUCAGUCAGAAAGCCUCUGUGCCAUCAGUAAAUGCUGAUCAAGAACUGUCUUCACCUUGGAUCCAGAGUGUGAGACCUUCGCCUUUGGCUUUCACACAAGCUCAAAUAUCAACUCCUAUUUUUGAAACAUCAAAACCCAGCCCACUUACAUCCACUGUGAACCCUACUUUCAACUCCUUCCAGGAUUUACAAGCACCAGUUAUUAAGAAAGAGGCACUUAGAGACAAUUCAGCAAUUCCAACUUGGUCUUUGGGUAAACCUUCAGCUGCGACUGAAGCACAAAAGCAAACUGAUGACAAUAACCAAACUUUCAUCAAACAACAAAACGUGUAUAGGGAGAUAGAAAUUCCCAGUACACGGAAGAGUACAAUGAAUCUAAGUUUGGUCACUUGUGAGUCAGACCACAGAGAGAAUAUGAAUAUGCAUGAAUUUCCUGUGGUUAGACCUACAGUAGCACAGUUUGUCAACCCCAACACAGACCAGGUUGCAGAAAGCAAAGCUUCAUCUCCGCCAAAGGUGCCAUCAUUUCUUUCUGUACCAAAAAAUCUCAGCCCUACACCUUUGAUUUCAGUGCAAGGGUCACAAUGUCCAAGCCCAGUGUUCUCCACCUAUCGCCCACCUGUAGUGGAGGCACGCAAGUCUUUGAGCUCACUUUUGGAGACACAAAUGUCAUUAGCAAGCUCAAAACCCAAAUCCCGUUCUACAUAUUACGGACUAACUCCAGUUGAAUAUGCUGCCUAUGGUGGAAUAAGGACAGGUCUUUCCCAUGGCAGUGCUGCGCAUCCUGCCACUGAUGAAAACUUUGACAUCACCCAUAUAGACAAAACUCUAGAGGACUCAGGCGUCUCAAAGCAAGAAAAAUAUUUCAACGGACUUGAGGACAUAACUUCCAUGGAUCACAAAGAACAGUCAUCCCACACAGAAGUACCAGAGGAAGGGAUUUUCACACACUGCAAUAAUGAUAUCACAAGGGAAAGUUGGACUGGAACUCAGGAUGUUGGGAUAGAGUCAGUAAAAACAUCUGCAGUGGAAACAAUAGAACCCAACUUUCCCUUUGGAUUGGCACAGAAAAUAACACUGCAAUCCACAAGUGAUGCAUCCACAACUAAAGCCUCAUACUCAGAGGCUUCAAUACCAAUACCUAAAGCAGGUGAGGUACACACAAAAGGUCUGGUGCAGUUUUCAGUAGAGGCAGGGCAAAAAACAAGCAUUGGCCCAAACAUUUACUCCUCACCUUUGGUCAAAGAUUUAAAUGCAGAAUCACAACCUAAACCAAAAGGAGUAGAUGUUCCCCUCAAACCAUCAAAUCUUGAUCAAACUAAUUUUUUGCCUGAUAAAAUCUGCAUUGCAGUGUCCAAUGUUACAAAUAUAAAUGAACAAUUAGGAAAAAUGGAAAUAAAUCCUACUAAAAUCAAUUCAUCAUUACUCAAUAAUAUAAAUGUUCAACCAGCUGCCACGUUUAUAACAAAUCCAGCAGACUGUGAAACAAAAGUAUUUCCAAACUCUAUAGCCCAGGUACAGAGUAGAUACCCAGAAAGUCAAGUUAUAAAUAGCAGCGCUAUUUCAGGUAAAGAGUCUACUGAACUGGUUUCAGAAAUCCAGCUGUCUAGUAAAACAAAUGAAGGUGUCCAAGACAGAAACGAUGCUGAGUUCAAAUGCCAAAUCAAGGCAAGCAAAAGCAUUACUCUACCAAAUAAAACAAAUAUGGGGAAUACCUUGUCAUCUACACCUGCAAAUACAGAGCACGCUCGUGAAAAAAUACCCAAAGAGCCUCUUAUCCCUACCAGAGGACUGAUGCUUCCUCAUGAGCCUGUGACAGCAUCUGUUUGCUCUGGGCAGUACGAUAUCUGCACAGUAUCCUCACCAAAGACAAGCACAAGAAUUAUGCAUCCACACGGUACAGAAACUCAAGUCUGUACAAAUCACCAAGCUCUAAAAAACAACUUCAAUUUGCUCCCAUCUAAUUUUUUGAAUGCAAAUAUUUUACCAAGUAAACCUACCACAGAAACAAAAACCAACACAAACCAUCCACAUGUGCCAACGAAAGAGCUAGAAAUGCUAACAAUGAUACCUGAGAAUGUGCCUGUAAAUAACAUGGGAUGGUAUUUCCCAAGUCAAGCCAUGCAAGCAGAAACUCUCCACGCAACUUCAUUUACAUCUACAGAAAUGUGUACACAAACUACAAAGAAUAGUCUAAACACUCAAGUGAAUCCACAUUUUUCUUUAGCAAACACCAAAGCAGAAAGCUUUGCACCAAAGGAGAUAGGGAACAUGAGUAUGCCAAUAAGUGAAUGUAAGUUAUCCAAUAAACUACCUGCAAACACAAGUUUAUCCGCACAAAAUGGAGCUACUCAGCACUUGACAGCCCAAUCAAAUGUUGGUUUCCGCAGGAAUGUUGACAAUAUUCUCACAACUGAAAACACAAUUCCAAAUAUACUCCACAUGGAAGCAUCUUUAACAACAUUGGCAGAGUCAGCAGUGAUUGUUAAACCAGCGCUUAAUGUUCAGCAACCUAGUAAAACUAUGGUUCCCCCCAACCCCACAAUGAGGCAAUUCCCACCAAAAAGUCCACAGAUAAAAUCGGACAGAUUAGGCAAUCAUUUUGCGUCAAAGUCUUCAAUGAAUGAGAAAUCAGUUAAUGGGCCUCUUGAGGGUAAAGCGUCUCCAAAUCUUCAGCAUGUGAACAGAUCAGUAGAAGUACCUAUUCACCAAAUUCUUAAAACUACAUUAAAGGAAAAUUAUGCUGUAAUUGAGCCAGUUAUGGAUCCUAAAUGCUUAGCAAGUCCGUCGUCAAAAACUAAAAAUUCUUCAACACCUGCAAUGAAAGCGCAGAUGUCCAUGGCAUCAGGUCAAAUUGAGACUAACAUAUUUGGUAUAAGUGAAAACACUCAACUUGUAAAGCCCAAUCAAAUAUCUUUGCCAGUAAAUACAUCUCAACAGUUUAGUAAUGCUAAUCAACUCCCAGCAAUAUCCCAAACCAAUGUCCCAAAUGAGAAUCCUCAAUCCUUUCCAUAUGCUGUCGUAAAUGAACACUCUACUAAAAUCAUCCAAACUCUCAAAGAAGCUAACAAAGAUUUCAAAGUCCCAUAUAGUCAUCCAAGUACAAAUAAACCAUGGGCAGCAAUAAGAGCUUCUCCAUUACUUGAGCCAAGGGUGAAUUACACGCCACUACAAAUGUACCCUCCUACUUUACCCCCGUCCUAUCAAAGUCCUGUUACUUUGGACAGUUCGGCAAACACAAACCCUUCCCCAACCACUAUAAACCAGCUGAAACACUCACCCAGUACACCUUUUCAAAAUAUUACACCAAACAGUGUGGUUCAGCAGAAUGAGAAGUCAGUCAAAGAAAGUAUCUUAAAACCAGAAACUAAAACAUCUCCACCAAACGACUCUUCGGUCAAUGAGAUAAAACUAAUUUCCCCACUGGGAAACAUGAAAACAAACCAAUUUUCAAACCGAGAAGAAACUCUCUCCUCUCUAAUUACUAAAACUAGCAUGGCCAGUGACUCAGCUUUGAACAGUGCAUCAAUUUUAAAAGCAAAACCGUCAAUUCAGCUGGUAGAAUCAAGACCUUCCUCUGCCAUGGCAGAAACAAAACCCUCAUUAGUAAAGCCAGAGCCUUCAAAGCCUCUCGCCAAUUCAAUCCAGUCUAGUUCGCACUUGAAUAAUGAGAAACCAGUAGAGAAUGCUUCCCUUGAACAGCCAGCAGCAGACACUGUCAUGAAACCGUCCAUAGUAAAAGAUGCUGUGAUUGAUUCUGCCACUCCUACCUCUCUGCCUCAGGCCUCAGUCUCAGUAAAAGCUCCAUCUCCAAACAGAGGAACAUCACCGUCAUCUCAGCUAAAAACUGGACUCAAAGGCAAGGACAUUCUGAAGGCCAUGAGUACACCCAAGGAAACGCCAGCAGUCGAAUCCUUCAUGAAGUCAACGACAUCAACUGCAUCUUCAGCUACUGAGAAAAAGUCGGAAGCAGAGGGAACAUCAAGUUCAUCCACUGAGCAAAAACCAACCCAGAAGCUAAAAGGCCUUAAGGGGAAGCUCAGUGGGUGGACAAGGCUAAAAAAGCACAUGGUUGUCGAGCCAGAGGAACCCCAAUUUCCUGAUCCCGUGGACAAACCUCUGGUCACUCCUAUUGACAGUGACGGAAUAACCAAUAACAUGAUGGACAUGCCGCCUGCUGACCAGGAUAUGAACCAGGAAGUUCUUCAGAACAAAGAAGGACCCAAGGCACUAAAGAUGUGGGAUGCACUCCUCUUCCAAAUGUUCUCUACCAAAGAAAAAAUCAUGCACCAAAUCAAUUCCAACAAGAAAGAUUCAGAAACGAAAAAGGCCUCCAAAGACGACCAGGCAGCGCUGCCAUCGUUUGUCAACCGGCUGCCAGUUUUACUGUACAGCCCUCGGUUUAAUGCCAGGAAGCUGAAGGAAGCAGCAGAAAAGCCGCUGAAUAAAAUAGCAGCAGCUUUUGAAAUAGGGCUGAUAAAACGCAAAUCUCAGGACGAAGAACGUAAGGAUUUCAACAGAACGGCGAAAGGAUUCGGUCCGACUAAAAACACUGAUGUAACUGAUGAGGCUAAUGGAUGAUGUGAUUUAUCCUAUGGGUGAUUUACCACAAAAUAAAAAUUCAGAAGGGCUUACAGAGGAAGGAAUAUUUAAAAAAUGUGAGCUAAAAUUGUUGGAUAUCUGAUUUUCCUAAAUCAAAACUGUUGUAUGUAGUAAGUGCAUCUAUACUUUAAAUAUUUAAAAAUGUAAUCAUCACUUUUCAAAUACUUGUUUGAAAUCUGGUGAUUUUUAAAAUUUAUUCUGAAGAAUGCAAACAAGUCAAAAAAUUGGAAAAGGUUAGAUUACACCCACAAUGUUUUUGCACUUUUAAUACAAAUUCAACAAGGAUGAAAUUUGGGUGACAGUAAAAUAAAAUAAAAAACAUUUACUGUUUUUUUUCAUAGGCAGAUUCUGUUCUCUGUUAAUGGUGCCAUAGAUAUUAUUUGGAAUGCAUAAAUUGUAGACAAAUUGUCAUGCUCCAUUUUUCUAUUUUUCUAAAGUAAAUAAGUUUUAAGUGUGUUGCAGACAGGCAGAUUUUAUUUGCUGUGAUAAAAAGGGCUUUUACAUUCCUGGAUUAACAGGACAGAAUGUUUGUGAAAGAUGGAAAUUAAGACGAAUGAAGUUGAAAUGAGUGGUCACAAUAAUUGUAGGUUUCUGAAAGGAAAAGGGAAUGAAAUGGGCCAAAACAGGUACUUGGUUCGUAUUAGCCUUGCUAGAUGUCAUAGAACUUGAAAUGUUCUAUACUUUAAUAGACCGGCAUUAAAAAUAAAACUAGAAACUGAAAAUUGGUUUUGAAAACGCUGUUGGAGCUAGCACAGCAACAACUUUAGAGCUGAAAGCAGCUUCAGAUGGAUUAUAAUGAAGCUAUUUCUGCUAACAGCCUAGUGCUUAGCCUGUUAGCAGAACGCUAAUGCUUAAGCCUGUUAGCAGUUUAACCAUUAGCCUCAUACAAGCUGUAUCAGGGUGGAUUUUUGGUGCAGAAAUUUAGUUUAGAAACAUGUUCAAAUGUAAAAAAACCAAACAUUUUUUUCACCUAUUUUAUUGUAACUUUAUAUAUUAUUCCCAUAUAAAUAUUGUGGUUUAAGAUAGCUAAGUAAGGGAGCUAGGAAUGGCUAAUCCUGGGAUUCUGGUUACAGUUGAGAUCAGGGACGGCUGGUAUAAGUGGGCUAGUAGGGCCAAGCCCUCCCUGACAUUUACAAUAAAGUUGUUAAAAUAAACAACUUAAAGUUAAACACCUAAAAAUAAAUACAUUUUAGAAAUAAUGUAUCACAUUUUGUUAAAUUUUCAACUGGUUGAGAUAGUAACCAGGAUGUAAAGUUAAAAAAGACGAGCUGGGAUGAAGAUGGUAGUGAAGAGUGUGACUGUAAGAAAGAUCAAGAAGUUGGAAAAAGAUUUUUAAGUAUGGAUAAAUGUUGAAGAUGUUUGAAAGCACAGUUUUUUUUAUUUAACCAUAUAAACCCCAUUGUCUCUAAAACCUUCUUUGAUAAAAACUAUGUAGAAAAAAGAUGAUCAUGAAGUAGUUUUCUAGGUGAAGGUAAAGAAAAUGUAAAAAGAGCAAAGCCCUGUUUAUUACACCAGUGUUUAAUGCUAUCUUGUAAACUGUCUGAUUUUUUUAGAAUACAUAAAGAGCAAAUCUAUUUGUCUGUUUGUCUUAUUUUAUUAUAUCGCCUAUAAUAAAAGUUAUAUGGUUCUUUAUUUGAA